AGCAACGGUGUGCACUGGCAGCACGACCGCCGUUUUGUGCUACGCAACCUACGCAACCUUGGAAUGGGUAAGGAUCACCUAGAGGAAGCAAUUAAUAUCGAAGGAAAAGCGCUGGUGGAAGACCUCAAGAAGUACGGCGGUGAAGCCAUCAACUUCCCCGACAGCUUCAGGACUGUGGCGCUCAACAUCAUCUGGCAGAUGGUGGCCAGUACUCGGUACGAUCUUCGCUCCAAAGAAGUUGAAACGAUUUAUCGUCUGACUAAUGAAUUUCGUGAAACAUUUUCCGUGUUAUCGUUAUUACCCGUGUUCAUUCCGGCAUUAGAUCAUCUGCCUAAAUCCGUCAAGAAUUAUUUGUUUGGCGAUGAUAUUUUUGAUCGCUUUGUGGAAGAAAUGAAGGUUAUCGUGAACGAAACCGUGGACAAGCACCUGGAGGACUAUAACCCAGACAACCCUCGGGACCUCAUAGACGAGUACAUCAAAGACAUGAGGGCAAGCGAAGGAGACAAUAACUCUCUUUUCCGGAAGGGAGCUUUGAACCAAAUCGUCAACGACCUCUUCGGCGCGGGCUCUGACACAGUGAGCCACAUGCUGAGGUGGAUGGCUUACCUGCUCGCCCGGUAUCCAGAGUACGCGAAGAGGAUGCAGCAGGAAAUAGACGCUGUCGUGCCCAGGGACCGCAUGGUGUCGCUCGAUGAUAAGCCGAGCUUGCCAUUGGUAGAAGCAUUCACCGUUGAAGCUUUGCGGUACUCUUCCAUGGUGGUGUACAACGUUCAGAGGUCAGCUCAUCGAGAUGCAACCAUCAAGGGCUAUUUCAUCCCCAAGGGCACUUUGGUUCAAGUCGCCAACUACUCCAUCCACCACAACCCGCGGUACUGGGACGACCCCCACAAGUUCUACCCUGAACGAUUCCUGGACGAAAGCGCCACCAAGUACACAGCUCCUAACAUCGGCUUCUUCGCCUUCGGUUCAGGUCGUCGUCAGUGCGCUGGUGAGCUGCUGGCCCGCAUGGAGUUGUUCCUCUUCACCGCUGCCAUCAUCCAGCACUUCGACGUCAUUCCUCCAAAAGGCGUGGUCCUCAGCCAAAAAGAUAUACUGAAUUUGGGAGGUGUUCGCACUCCCGCAGACAAUAAGCUAAUCUACAGAGCAAGAAACUAACAUUUACACAAACCUCUGUCCAACCCACAUUGUUAGGUACAGACAUAGCGAUAACUGAAUCGGUCGAGCAAAAAAGAAGCAUUUGAGAAAAAAUUGAAAAAUCUAUCGUCUCUGUAUAAAGUUACUCAAUGUGAAAACUGUGGUCGCAAAUUUAAAAAAGUGUGUGUUUUCCCUUUCCAAUGAAUAUAUUUAGAAUAUCGUAUUGUUGAAUAUUUCUUUCGAUACCACUCAAUUACACACCAUGAAGAGGCUCGUGGUAGAGGGCACUUAAUACUGAGCGAAUGAAACGUUCCAAUCCAGCAGCCUAUUGGCAUCCGAAUAAAGCAUAAUCGACGUAAUGUUCAAACGGAAAAAUGUGCUAAGAGUCGCUUUUGGGUUGGUAAAUUCUUGGCUGAAGAGGCAUAUGUUGAUUUUUAAUUAAAUUUUACAGGUUUUGAUUAACACUAAAUUUAACAGGUUUUGAUCAUUAAUUAGAUUUAACAGGUUUUGACUAUUAAUGAGAUUCAACAGGUUUUGAUUAAUAAUUAGAUUUAACAGGUUUUUUGAGGUUUUUACGUACAAAGUGCGCGUUGUAACUGCGAUGUAUAUUCGGGAGAUAGUUUUAGAAAGAACUGGAGCCCUGUUGGUUACGGUCGUGCGGACCAGAGAUCACUAUGAUAUUGAACAGGAGAGAAGGUAGAGCCUCCGUACUUCACCCUAUCUAUUGUUGCUCUGUUGGUAAUUAUUGUCACGUUUGAUUACACAAAGAUUAAUUUGUAUGUUGUGGAAUUUAAUUAAUUUUCGUUUUUAUAUGGAAUUAUUUAAUUUUUAUGUGGUGGAAUAUAGGUGUACCAGCAAGAUAAGCUCUUGACUUUUU